AUGAACAACCCCAUGAUCGCGACCUACCAGCCCGACCCUAGCCGUGACUGGGGAGCACGCCCUAUCCGCGCUCCCAUGGCCGACCAGAGCACCCAUCUCCCCGAAGUGGGGGUUAAAGUCCACUUCCCGCGUAACCCCUUCCACUUGCGCGUCGCCGAGGACUUUGACGAAUGGCAUACUGAAGUAAAGGGACUGUUGCACGGCUGGGGCCUAGACGCGCUGAUCGACAUCAAGAUCCCACGCCCCGAAACUACUAACCCCGGGCCGAUAACUGGCGCCUGUGGUCGUUGGCUGUCCGUGACUGGCUCGCCUCUAACAUGUCCUGGACGCUAUAAUGUUCUGUACAUCGACCGCACCCAGUAUCAGUCCACGGCUUCCUAUGUCCUCCACCUUCGCGACAACUACACCGCUGCGUGGCGGGCUGGCGUGGAGAUCCAGCCUCAGCUCGUCCUGGGUCGCCUCUUUAGGCAGAUACAGGGGGAGCUGCCUUUUUUUGUUCAAGCAUUGACUGAGGACUUGAAUUCUCGUGGCAAUGUCUGGGCGGGCAUUAACUUUGAGUUCGUUAUUGCCUUCUGUAACGCUACUGUUGAUAUGUUGCGGGGCUAG